ACGAACGCGUUACAUUUGAAACAUUUGUCCCAAUUUACCAAACUUUGGCAAAGGAACAAAAGGAAAUCAAUCCCGAGGAGUUUAUAGAAGGAUUCCGCGUUUUUGAUAAAGAAUCUAAUGGACACAUUAGUGCGGCUGAAUUACGUCAUUUACUCACUGCUUUGGGUGAGCGCUUAGACGAACAUCAAGUAGACCAACUUCUGGCGGGAAUGGAAAACAGUCAAGGUUUGGUACCUUAUGAAGGUAAGCACAGUCAUCCGAUGUCGUUUUCUUUGCUUUUGUCAACUAAAAUCUACUUAGUUGGCCAAAUGAUGAUGUGCAUUUGUAGUAUUCAUGUUAGUUAA